AGGGACAGGCGCUGAGCGCCGCGGGAGAGGGCACCUGGGUCUCCUCCCUACCGCCCACAGCGGAGCAUCCUGAGCCGGGCAGGAUGGACCUCCACCAUUCCGUGACCAGCCGCUACCAAGUGUUUCACAACGAAGAGAAUCACCCGGAGACCCCGGCCGUGGAGCAGCCCUCCACGUCCGUGCAGAUCACCGCCCUGACGCCGCCGGCUUCGCCCCCUGCCCCUGGCUUGGCCUUCCCUGAAUGGAGCCCCUCUCCUCCACCCUACGGCCCGGGCCCCGCCGGCGCCGAAACAACCUUGGAAAGCGAAGGUCGCUGCGAGCCCUUCCCGGGGCCGCCCCCUUAUAGCGUGGCCACGUCCCUGCCCACCUACGACGAAGCGGAGAGGGCCAAGGCUGCGGCCUUGGCCGCCAGCGCCGCCGCUUCCGGGGAGCCUCCCCGGAGAGAAGACGACUGUCCUCCCAGGGAGGACUCCACCACCUCAGACCCCGACCAGCUGCGGGUGGGCAACGACGGCAUCUUCAUGAUGGCCUUCUUCAUGGCCUUUUUAUUCAACUGGGUUGGGUUUUGCUUAUCCUUCUGCACCAACGACUCCAUCGCUGGCAGGUACGGUGCCCUGUGUGGAUUCGGCCUCUCCUUGACCAAGUGGAUCCUCAUCGUCCGGUUUUCCGAUUACUUCACUGGGUACUUCAACGGACAGUACUGGCUGUGGUGGCUGUUCCUUUCGCUCGGCCUCCUGCUUUUUUUCCGAGGAAUUUACAGUUAUCUCAAAGUCAGGAACAUGUCGGAAAGGUUGGCCACUGCCAACAGAACGACCUAUAUCUUCUGCAAUUAA